UUGUUUCUACAUGCUGCGCGUCAUGUGGGAAAGUAAACGUGAGAACAGGAAGUGCAGGCGCGCUCGCGCUGCUGAAGUCAAAACAGGGAAGUAGCUUUUUUUGUAGCUUUGUAGCUUGUUUGUUGUGUGUGAGUGAGUGAGUGAGAGAGAGAGAGAGAAAGAUAGUCUGCGCUCAGUUUGUUUCUACUCGGUUUAAAGGCAGCAGCUGUCAACACUUUUGAGUUCCGCGUUAAAAGCGAUAAAACCGAUAAAGGCUGAGAACGUUGAAUAAUAUGAUAAUAUGUUCGGAAGUGGCGGACUUCUGAGGAGAGAAAAAGGAGACUGAUCCUAAUGUAUAUGUUUUUACCAAACGUGUAGUUGAAGCCCUUGUUUGACCAUGGCACAGUGGACACACAUGACCCAACUGAUACAGUUCCUGCCUCCUCAGACUGUCAAUGAACUCUAUCCCUCACCCAACUUCCCCAUAGAGGUCAGGCAUUAUUUGGCAACCUGGAUUGAAGAACAGAGCUGGGAGGACUUUGAUUUGGAAAAGAUCGAACAGGAGAGCAAGGCUGGAGCUCUUUUGGACCAGAUCAUCACCAUGCUGCAAGCUCUGGCUCAUCAGAAUAGUAAUGUGGUGGACAAGAUGAAGCUGAUGCACAUUAGUCAAAACCUGAACAUGUUUCAGAAGCCUCUACAGUUUGCAGUCAUGAUCCGGGAAACCCUUAGGAAGGAGAGGGUUCUGAUCAACACAGCUUCUUCACAGACUCAAAGCCAUCCACCCUACCAGCACUACCAGAGCAGAGAGCCUUCAUUUCCCAACAUGCAAGAUGUGGAUAGCCUGGUUCUUAAGGUUUUAGAGGUCCAGGACUGCCGACAAAAGAUCCACCAGUUGCAAGAAGAGCUCAACUGGGAAAGGCAAAACUUUGAGUCCUUACAAGGAAACAUUCAACAGAAUGGACUGGAACCCCAAAACAAUGAGAUCCAGAAAUUGCAAAACCAAAUCCAGCAACUAGAGUACAACGUGAAAGCUAUGACUACUAAACGCUUCCAGCUGCUGCAUCAGUGUGUUGACUGUCUUGACCAGUGUCAGUCCCGGUUGAUCAAAACGCUGAAGACGUGGCGGUGGGAACAGCACAAAUCGACCAUUGGACAUCCUUUUGAUGACAAUCUUAACCCCCUCCAGACCUGGUGUGAACAACUGCUUGGGGUGAACGGGAAGCUGAGACAGGAAUUGAUGCUAAUAGGUGAACAAAUCCCAGAACUCCAGGAAAGGCUGAAGCACCUUGUGCAAGUUCUCAUUCAAAGCUCUCUCAUAGUGGAAAAACAGCCACCACAAGUCAUUAAAACUCAGUCAAAGUUCUCAACCACUGUGCGAUACCUGCUGGGAGAGAAAGUAGCUCCAGGAAAGCCUGUGGUGCUCAAGGCACAAAUUAUCACUGAAAUCCAGGCCAGGAACCUGGGUCAGCAGGGCAUUAUGCCCAGUGAUAAUGUUGGGGAACUGAUCAACAAUACAGCCAUUCUGGAACACAAUACAGCAAGUAAGAGCACAUGUGCCAACUUCAGGCAUAUGUCCAUAAAGAAGAUCAAGAGAGCAGACAGAAGGGGAUCAGAGUCCGUGACUGAGGAGAAAUUUGCUCUGCUCUUCUCGGCAGAGAUCACUAUCACUGGUUGUGACCAACCCUACAGGAUACAGAUGAUUUCCCUACCAGUAGUUGUCAUCGUGCAUGGGAGUCAAGAUAACAAUGCUUUGGCCACUGUCAUAUGGGACUGUGCUUUUUCUGAACCGGACCGAAUGCCAUUUGUGGUGCCGGAGCGUGUCCCCUGGAGGCUGAUGUGUAGCACUCUCAACAGUAAAUUCACCUCUGAAGUCAAGACCCAGCAAAACCUGGACCAGUACAACCAGCACUUCUUAGCCCAGAAGAUCUUUGACAAGCCUGAUUUUGUGGAAGACUUCAGUAAUAUGUUGGUUUCUUGGGCCCAAUUUAAUAAGGAGGUUCUACCUGGUCGAUCGUUCACAUUCUGGCAGUGGUUUGAGGGCGUCAUUGACCUAACUAAGAAGCACCUCGGGAGCUACUGGAGCGACGGGCUUAUAUUUGGUUUCAUUGGGAAACAACAUCUCCACCUGAUUCUCAAAGACAGGCCCAAUGGAACGUUUUUGCUUCGCUUUAGUGACUCUGAGAUUGGAGGCAUCACCAUUGCCUAUGUGUCUGCUACUGAGCAUGGGGGACAGAAAAUCCAAAACAUUCAGCCCUUCACUAAGAGAGAUCUUGAUAUCCGUUGCCUUGGUGACCGUAUUCGUGACAUCCAGGACAUAACAUUUCUGUAUCCUGACUAUCAUAAAGAUGAAGUUUUCAAGAAGUACUACACAGAUGUUCAGACGCCGACCGCUGGAGGCUACAUCCCUGUAUCCCUCCAUACUAAAGUGGGCACGGAAGCCGGUGCUGUUCCAAGUAUGAUGCCUUGCAGUGAAACUUCCCGUAAUUCUGUUUGCUUCCCAAUGCAUCAGUUCCAGCAGCCGUUCACCCCAGAAUCAGUCACUUCAGAUCCAAUGGAAACUCCAGCACCUUCCAUUGACGUCUUCUCUGAUGACAUGGUUCCCAAUGACAGUAUGGAACAGGUAUUAGACAGCAUUCUGAAGAAUCUUGAGGACUAAGAAAAAAAAGAAUCUGAAUUAGAACUGAAUAGAGAACCCACAUCACCUUGAUAUUUAACAAGUUAAACCAUUUAGCUUCAUUCUAAUAUCACCGAACAGCAUCCUCCAGAUUUAAGUGAAAGCUUCUGAGGUACAUGUUGGACUUCUGUUGGACUCAAUAUGAUGGGCUGAUUCUUAUUUGCUGGCCAUCUGUGCCAUUAUUUCAUUGUUUUUAAACACAUUUCUCUGCUGCCAAGUCAGUCAUGUUGUAUUAUUUUAUUUUGUAUUAUACUGCACUGUGGUUGAACAAAGGUGAAUUACUAUCAAGAUAUCAGUUUGUAUCUAACAACCAUGAUCACUCCUGUCAACGGAUAAUUAACAGAUUCACGCUGACAUUAUAACGUCUGUUGUCAUCUGUUUGUUGGAUGUCUUUUAGUCACAAUAAAGCAAGAAUUAUACUCGUACUUCA